CUCAAAUCGAGCGAGACAGAGAAAACUAGGGAUCCCUCGCCGCCGCCGCCGCCGCCGCUCUACCCCCCCGGUGCACCCGUUCGGCCGUCGCCGCCCACUCUGCCCGCCGUCGGUGCCCUCCGAGCUCCGCCCCUCCCGGUCACCGCCCGCCGGCCGGCCGUGCCCAAAAGCGGCUCACAAGACCACUGGUCAGCGCGUGGGCUUCCUCCGCCUCCACCUCACAGCCCGCCGUCUUCCGCCCCAAGGUCGACGAGAUCUCCCUACUUUUCCGUCAAGCUUCAGCCCCAUGACAAUGGAGUGUGCGGCGAGGGGGAUAGUGGAGGAGCCAUGUGCCAGCGGCGCCCACCGGCGGUGCGGCAGCUGCGGGGCCGUGGCCUACUGCUCGAAAGGCCACCAGUUCAUUCAUUGGAAAGUUCAUAAAGAAGAAUGUGCAAGGCUUGCAACACAAAUGAGUCGCAUUGAUAUGCUCAGCCAAUUUCCGUUCACAUUCUCCGUUGAACCUCUUGCUCUGAAUCAUACGAACCGAAGUAUGAGGUGCUUGUUUUUGGAGUCGAUGAAAGUUCAUCUGAAAGGACUCUGGAAAUCAGAAUGCAUGUGUGGCCCAGAUAUUGCUUGUGUCAAGGACCUGAGCAUAACAACUGAAUGGAACAUGGAAAGCUCACUUUGCCCAUGUACAGAGCCUGAAAAUCCUGUGCCCGCACCCCUCGCAAGCUGGGAAGACUACUUUCAGUGGAGAUCCCUUCCUUUACAUUCACCUGUGGCAGUUUUACUUCACUGGCCACUUACUCUAUAUCAUUGCCUUCAACUAUCUCGCAUCCAAACUUCAAGAUAUGAUGGGCAUGACACUCUGUGCAUUCACUAUUUAGGACCUGAGAAAGAGCUGCUUCAGCUUGCGGUGUUUGCAGAACUACGUGCACUAUUUCCAGGUGUCCACCUUCGCAUUGAACUUGUGGGGCCAGCAGCUCCAAGAUCCAGGGAUGGUGAAGUUGUAAAUAUUUCCAGCUAUCCAAAUUGUUCCGGUGAGAGCUGCCAGUGUAGAUCUUCUAUUUCCUCUGAGAACUUGAAUUGCAGUGCGGUGACACUGAGAAUAUGGAAAGGCCUCUAUCAUGAGAGAUAUGGUGAUAUAGUAAAGGAUUCAAAUCCUCAUCUUAUACUUGCCCCAAAUGCGGGUGUAGCUGCUUAUCCUAGUUGGAUGCCUACUAUUGAAAUGAUUAGGGGGAUUGGAGUUCCUGCAAUUUUUACGGACUUCUGCGAAGAAGCUGCUCAUCUGGCCUCUUGCUGCAUAAGCUCCAUAACUGGUCAACCCCUGGGACUCCCUAUACAGGUAAAUCCUUUCAGGCAGCCGAUUGCGGAGAACAAUAGUGCGCUAUACAUACCAUGCUACUCGAAUGGCUUUGUUUUUGGAAUGUAGAAUAGCCAUUUUAGCCGAAAGUCCCUUUCGGGCUAAAUAUGUUUUACAUGGAUGAUGUUGCUCUUGGUUGUUUCCGGUAUGCAUGUGUUCAGAAACAUGUGCGUUUAAGAUGCACUCAUCGAAUCAUCAGUUUGUACGUUGCCCUGUUGGUGAAGUUGCGCAAUUUGCUUCUUGCAAAAUCUGUCCCAUGCUGGACCUGGAUAGUUAUUUGCUGAAUUUAUGGGAAUGUGGUAAUGCCACUGUUGCAUGCAAGUCGGUUCA